AUGGAGAAGGAGCCAGUGACUUUACAGUCUCCCUCCGACUCGGAGAAGGGCGCCGUGCGCAGGCCCAGCGCUCAGCCCGGUGAUGGCACUGUUCCACAGAACUUCCGUGAGCAGGAUUUCCUGACUCGCAAUGGUCUGAACCUCAAGAGUUUCCAAAGACGUGACUAUGGCACCGAAGUGUCUGAACUGGAUCGCUCCAUGAAACCCCGUCAUCUCAACAUGAUUGCCAUCGGUGGCUCUAUCGGUGCUGGUUUCUUCGUCGGUUCUGGUUCUGCCUUGACCUCUGGUGGUCCCGCCUCACUAUUCAUCUGCUUCUUGAUCACCGGUAUCAUGAUGUUCAACGUCGUCUAUGCCCUUGGCGAGCUUGCCGUCAUGUACCCUGUCUCAGGUGGUUUCUACACGUACUCGGUUCGCUUCAUUGACCCUUCCUGGGGUUUCGCUAUGGGCUGGAAUUACGUUCUCCAAUGGAUCAUUGUGUUACCACUCGAAUUGACAGUCUGCUCGUUCACGGUUCAAUAUUGGAACAAGGACAUAUCGGUCGCUGUUUGGAUCACAAUCUUCUGGGUAUUUAUCAUCUUCAUCAACGUCUUCGGAACACUCGGCUAUGCCGAGGAAGAGUUCGUCUCGUCCUGCUUCAAGCUGGCAGCAACCGUCAUUUUCAUGAUUGUGGCCGUUGUUCUGAUCUGCGGUGGUGGUCCCUCUGAUGGUAUCUACAACGAGUAUUGGGGCGCCCGUCUUUGGUAUAACCCUGGCGCAUUCCAGCAUGGGUUCCGCGGCUUUUGCUCGGUUUUCGUUACUGCGGCUUUCGCUUUUGCCGGAACCGAGCUUGUUGGUUUGGCGGCGGCUGAAGCUGAGAACCCUACCAAGGCUCUGCCUUCUGCAAUCAAGCAGGUGUUCUGGCGUAUCACCCUCUUCUACAUCCUCGGGUUGACCUUCGUCGGACUCCUUGUUAGCUCUACAGAUGACCGUCUCCUCAACGCCGACAACCCGUAUGCCGAGGGUACUUCUCCCUUCGUGCUUGCGGCCAAGGAUGCUGGACUUCGGGGCUAUGACAGCUUCAUGAACGUCGUUAUUUUGGUCUCGGUCGUCUCGAUCGGUGUGUCUUGUGUGUACGGAGGCUCGCGUACCUUGACCGCCCUUGCAGAACAAGGUUACGCACCCAAGAUCUUCGCCUACAUCGAUCGAUCUGGCCGUCCGUUGAUGUCAGUCGCCCUCAAUCUUGCCUUUGGUGCCCUUGCCUACAUCGUGCUGGCCUCGACCGGCAGCACUGUCUUCAAUUGGCUCUUGGCGUUGUCUGGUUUGGCCGCACUCUUCACUUGGGGCUCGAUUUGUGUCGCUCACAUCCGCUUCCGCGCCGCCUGGAAGGCUGACGGCCGUACUCUGGACGAGAUUCCAUUCAAGCACAUCUUUGGAGUGACUGGCUCGUGGAUUGGGCUGACUCUCGUCUGCAUUGCCCUGAUCGCGCAAUUCUUCACCGCCAUUGCUCCCACCUCGGGUGGCGUCAACGAUGCUCAGGGCUUCUUCCAAGCUUACCUGGCUCUGCCCGUCGUGCUUUUCUUCUGGGCCUGCGGCUACCUCUGGAAGCGCGAGGGUGUCAGAACGUUGGCGCAGAUCGAUCUCGACACCGGCCGUCGGCAUGUCGACUGGGAGGAGAUUCACGCCCAACGCGCUCGGUACGCUUCGUGGCCGGUGUGGAGGCGUGUGCUGUCUGCCAUCUUCUAA